UCCCUGCCACUGAUCUGCAUGCCGAAGCCAAAAAUCCCCAACCCCCAACCCCAGAAGACAGCGACAGCGACAGCAGCAAUUGCAUCGAAUUCGCCGAACCAAAGACCCGCAAACAACUCUGCAGAGAAAAGCACGAGCAGAAGAAACGGCAACGGGAAAUCGACCUCACUGCAGCCUUUACCAGUCUCGACAUUUCGCAGAAUCAGACAUCGGACGAACAAGUUACCUCCUCACAACCACCGUCUCAAAGUCGCAAGGAAAAGCGCAAGGAAAAGAAGCAACGACACGACUCUGCAAUACCAACACCCACGGAUACCGACGCUGAAUCCCCCACCCCAUCACCCCGCAAAACCCCCAACAAUCCACCAAAGCAAAAACAGCAGCCCCGCCACCCUCCUCCAAGCCUCCCACCCUCUCUAAUGGCGAAACCCGCCGCCCAAACCGCCUUCCCCCUCCUCGUCGCCUCCAUCGGCAACCCGGGUGCCACCUACGCCAACACACUGCACUCAGCCGGGCACAUAGUAACCUCGCACCUAUCGCACGCGAAAAACUACACUCCGUUCCAAAAAGGGCUUUCGGGCCUCGUGUCGCGGCCCUCACCCACGCACCUCGCCUUCGGCCUCACGGGCUUCCGCCGCGUCGAAACAGAGCGCGAUGUCUACGAAGACUGGACGUUUUGGCAGUCGGCGAGCCUGAUGAAUGUGAGUGGGAGUGGGGUCAAGCGCGCGUAUAAUGAGUGGCUGAGGGAGAUACGGCGCGCGACUGGGGAGAGCGGUUUGCAGGGGAGACUGGUGGUUGUGCAUGAUGAGCUGGAGUCGGCGUUGGGCAAGGUCACGGUUAGAGAUGGGGCUUCGAGCGCAAAGGGGCAUAAUGGGAUUAAGAGCUGUCAGCAGCAGCUGGGCGGCGUCAAGUGGUGGCGAGUGGGUGUGGGGAUUGGUAGGCCAGAGAGUCGGGAUCCGAAUGUUGUGAGCAAGUACGUGCUGGGCAAGAUGACGGCGUUUCAGAGGGAUCAGUUGGAGAAGAGUGCUGUGCCGGUCUUCAAGGCAUUGGAGGAUAUUGCUGCAGGGAAGAAAUAGAUGCUGGUGUUGCCGUAGCAUAGGGCGGUGUCGUUGGGCAUUUUGAGGCGUUUGUUUUGGGACGAUACCCCAUUUCCACGCUCACGAGCGUAUCACGAUAGAUGCAUGAGAUAAUGUGAAGAAUAUCAGAUGGAUUCUGUGACUGAG